AUGAACAACGCGCUGCGCGAUGAAUUGGUGAAGGCCAAAUACGAUGAGAUGAUGGAGAAGGAGACUCAGACCGGGGGCUUCCGAUUCCCUUUCCUCCAGGCCUGGCCCAGGAAAAACGCCGCCACAUGCACAUGGGCCGAUUCCCCUUAUCCAACUCUUGGAAUGACGCAUGAGCUCUUAGGGAGCCAACUGCGGAGCAAAGUGCGUGUAGUCGACUUCUUGAGUCCAGACCGUCGGGCCAUAGAUCAUUUGCUGAAAGCCGUGAAGGAUUGGAAUCAGUUCGUCGACCAGAUCUAUGAUGGCAUGGUCGAUGCAUUCGAGGACGAUCCAGAAAACGUCACUCAACAUCAAUUGUUUAUCAUUACCAAGUCGGCGUUCUGCGGGGAGACCAGCAUCCGACACCUCGCGCGCACUUUCAAAGUUCCGUCUCGACCCCGACUGGACGGAGAGUGCACCGAACAAAGUCUGGGGACGUUGUUGGCCACUGUGAAGCCCACGUACGCUGCAAAAAGGGUCCUGGGAGUGAUCCUCACCCGGUCUGUCCUGCACCUCCUCGACGGCCCCUGGAUUCUCCAGUCCUUCGCAAUUGACGACAUUUCGCUCUUCUGUCGCUUGGAGAACGAGCGUCCGUAUCCGUUAUUCAACAGGCUCAUGGUCUCAACUAAAUUUGAAACUGGACCUCCUUCUCCAACAAGAAAGCGCAGCGAGUACAGCGUCCAUCCGUUCCCGACCAUCCUUGCCCUAGCGAUCGUUCUCAUGGAGGUUGAGCCCGGAGAUGACCUUGCCGAACUCUACGCGCAACCAAGAUAUGCGACCCUCCGAAGGCGCCAAUUUGAAUUAGCCAGACAUCUGCUGCGUGGAUGCCAGAUGCGUUUCCACGAGUCCGGACUGCUGCGAGCCGUCAGAUUUUGCAUUGACUGGAACGCUUUUCUGCAGUUUGCUAAUAUUAAUAUCGAUCUCUUAUUUAACAAACAAGCCUUUGUUAAUGCCUUUUACUCGAACGCCGUCAGGCCGCUAGAAGAGGAUCUUAUUCACGGUGCGAAGUGGACAUGGGACGAGGCCAAGUGGCUCCGACGGGAGAAGUUUGAUGAAGAGGGCGUCUGCAAGAUCAUCAACAAGCUAGGUUCCGAGGACCUUGAUCGGAGCUAUCAUCACGGACGAGGCUUAGAACAUGUCCAAAAGUCAACUUUCUCUGCUCUGGAGAUAAUCUCCGAGACAAACGACCUUGAGCAAGCAGUUCAAUGGACUCCUAUCGGUGCCUGUUCAUUCUCUCCAGAACAGCCAAACAUGCCCCAGCCCUCCCUAACACGACAUGCUUCACUAGCUUCUGGUAUUGUAUCGUUCAGCUCGGCCUCAAACGUCCCAGAAAAGACCGAAUUCGAGGUGGCUAUAAUCUGCGCCCUGCCUCUCGAGGCUACCGCUGUUUUGUCCACUUUCAAAGAUGUAUGGGAUGACGACCCGUGCCUUUGGGGAAGAGACGCAACUGACCCGAUCUCCUACAUCCUGGGUGCCAUUGCAGGACGCAACGUUGUUCUUGCUCAUCAGCCACGAAUGGGCAAAGUUGCCUCAGCCACUCUAGCUGCGUACUGCGCCAGCAGUUUCACCAACGUGAAGCUCGCCCUUGUCGUUGGCGUCUGCGGUGCAGCCCCAUUCAAAAAGAACGGAAAGGAAGUCCUUUUUGGGGACGUGCUCAUAAGCGAUGGGGUAGUGCAAUGUGAUUUUGGACGACAGUUCUCAGACGGCUUCAAGCGGAAGAUCGACGUCCAGCAUUCACUCGGUCGGCCUAAUGCACGCAUUUCAUCGGCUCUGGCAAAAUUGGAGACAAAAGUGCAUCGCAGUAGGCUGGAGGCCCAGAUCACUGCCCACCUUGAGACAGAUGACGAACCAACGCCGUAUCCACGCGAGGACGAGGACAAAUUGUAUGCUUCGAACUAUCAACAUAAGCAUCAGCACGCGGGGGAUUGCAGUCUAUGCGCCAGAUGGAGUUGGAAUACCGGUUCGCUUUGCAGCAAUUCUCGAGAGGCCACCUGUGAAGACCUCGGCUGCGACAGUGCGCGGCUCGUCCAGCGUUGCAGGCGAAACAAGCAGAAUAAGCCCAAGACACAUAUUGGGCUCUUUGCUUCCGGUGAUAGUGUGGUCAAGUCUGCCAUUCAUCGGGAUGCGAUCAGCAAGGACACGAACGUUAUUGCCUUUGAAAUGGAGGGCGCUGGGGUGUGGGAUGCCAUCCCGUGUGGGAUUAUCAAGGGGGUAUGCGACUACGCCGAUAGCCAUAAGAACAAACUGUGGCAGGAGUACGCUGCGGCCACUGCGGCUGCUUGUGCUAAGGCUUUUGUACGACAGUGGUGA